AUGCUCUGUAUAAAAGCCUCUCUCUUCAUAUAAAGUAGAUAGUUUCAACUGUGCCUCGGUCGUCCGCUCACUUGCAGCACAAUGGAAACACCGAUAUUAACAAUAUUACUGAUCUGCAUCGGUACGUCAUUCGCAUCCCACAGCUCAUACACAAUACCAGUUGAAGGGUAUGAAACAGAAUUACACAAUCUUGGUGAACACGUGGAAAUACCCGAAACACCAGUCAAAGUGAUUAAAAUAACAAAAACCGUCGCAGUUAAAGUGCCAGUACCAUAUCCAGUAAAAGUUGUGCAAAAAGUUCCAUAUCCAGUCCAUAUAAAUAGGCCAUAUCCCGUUCCAGUACCUCAAAUUAUAAAGGUACCUCAUGCUGCAGCGCCGAAGUUCAACAACGAGCAACAUGCGCUCGAUGUGGAACAUAGAGACGGCUCCUUCCAAAAUCCACACAGUUCUUACCAAGUACAAGAAAAUCAUCCACAAGAUGACGCCCCUAAUCCAUAUGAACAAGAUAGUCACGCGUAUAAUGGGCCUUCGCACCAUAGUUAUAAUCCAUCUCUUGCAGAGGAAUAUAAUGGAGAAGGCCCUGGGGACAAUUACAACAACUUACCAAAUAACUACUAUGAAUCUUCCGAUGAUCAAGACGGACACAAUACAUUAGAAUCAAAAAAUUACGACUUAGCUAUCCAAAAUUAUUUAAACAACUUGAAUUCAAAUAAUAACAAUGGGGUACAUGCAUAUCAUCAUUAACUAAUAUCAUAACUUUAUAUCUGUAUUCUUGUACCUGAUAUGACCUCUAAAUUUAUUUAAAACAAUUAUAAUGAAUCAUGCCAUUUAUUAAUUUUAAAAUUUUGGUUAUUGGUAUUGGUAUAUUGAGGGUGGGCCGCAAUAAUAAUUUGUUUCACGAAUCAUAAGGGAUAAAAUAUCAAGAACAUAAUGUCUCACUUAUCAGCUUAAACACCGAUGGAUAGCUUUUUCCGUUGAAAAAGUAUGUUGGAAGAAUUAAUUGUAUAUUAUUGUGUAUGUAUGUAUAUUUUAGCAAUGUAAGAAGUCUGUUGAUUAGCUCUUAAGAACUUUGUUGCUACAUGUGUAAUAAGGAAUGUUGUCAUUUUCUGGAAUAAAUUAUUACUGUUAUAUAAAUAAAACAUAACAUCACAAC